GGACAGAUGUAAAGAGUCGUAGAGAAUACGCGCACGCUCACUUGAGUAGAGCGAUGGAAGUCUAAACAUUACCAUUCGAACUACAUCAAUGAACCGGCUAAAUUCAUUUACAGGCUGCUGGACGUGCAAAGCUCGGAAGAUAAGAUGUGACGAGAGGGAGAUAGCUUGUGAAAAUUGUGAGAAGAAAGGCAUUGCCUGUGGUGGUUAUGAUGUCCGACUCCAAUGGGUAUCAAACCCGCUCGCUCCACCUGUCGCGUCCGCAAGAGGGCGAAGAACUAUCAAGUUAGACAAGGAUUCCGGUAAUCGGCACCGCAUAGAAGACAUUGAUGGCUUUCUGGCCGACAUCGAUAAUGACACUGAGACCGGAGUUUCGUCCACAAGAGGCCCGUUUUCUGCCUUUCCAGCUAAUAUUCACGGUUGCCAACGGCUUGAUGCCCUCGCACCAUCAUACAUCACUUGUUUCUCGGUUACUGAUUUCCCGUCUGGAGAUAAUAGAAGUGGUGUAUAUGCUUCCCCUAGAGAAGCUAAUCGCGACGACGACGAGGGCACACAAUCACCCAACUUGUGGGCCUCGAGAACCAUCUCAAAGUUAAGUCUAUCAGAAGACAGUGACCAGCCUCGGGAGAUAGAAGAAGGAGUGAGAGAAAACAGCGAAUCCUUCAGAGCUCUAGUAAACCAAAGCAGCGCAACCUCACAGUACGACGUUGGUUCACCAGCCGACUCAGUCACGACGUACUCGGCAUCCCUAGCUUCAUCUAGUUGCGAAUUUUCAAUUCGAAACAUCACAACAAGGCUAUUUGGGGAUUAUCAAGCUGACCUCUUGAUUAACCACUACAACUCUCACAUUGCUGAUCUCAUGCAGCCAAUAGCUCAUGCAGAAAACGUGUUUCGUGGAAUAUACCUUUCUACGGCGCUUGAAGGAUCGGUUAUAUGCAUGUCAAAUCCAAACACGUCCAAAGCUCUAGCCUAUUCAGCAAUCUAUCACUCCCUGCUUGCAUCUUCAGCAUUCCACCUCUGGAACUGCAACAAGACACAAACCAAGUAUCAACAAAUUGGCAUCAGGCAUAGAUACCAAGCAACUUGUUUCUUACAAGGCGCUGUCAAUGCUUCAACUCCCGGUACAGAUUAUCAAGUUUUCAUGACGGCGAUGCUGUCCUUGCUCAGCAUUGGGACCAUGUCAGGAGACGGUAAUGACUUCAUCGUGCAUAUAAAUGCAACCGCGCAGUUGCGGAACUUACGGGGCCAGUGGAAAGUAAUCAGCCACUCUACUCGAAAACUCAACGCAAUCAGCGCGUUCUUGGCCAUUCUAGCUCAGACUACGUCCUUCCAACCCACCCAAUCGCCAGAGCACACAAGCUCAACUUCAGAUGACAUUCUAGUUCAAUCUAGCAACUGCUAUGAGCACAUCUAUGGAAUUACCCCAUCCAUCGCAGCAGCAAUCCAGGAAGCAUGCCGCCUUGCAGGUCUUCUCUCGCAGUAUAACGGGCGACUACAGAACUCUAUACCAAGCGAUACUCUUGACAGGUGCGAGGAACUUGGUGAUAGAUUACUCGCCUGGAAACUUUCAUCUGAAAGCGUAAUGUCAAUCUCACCAAAUGACGACCUGAUGCUGAGGAUUUUUACACAACAAGCCAAUGCAUGGCAUCGUGCGGCACUCAUCUACUAUUAUCGACGCAUCCAGCGUUUCAGCUCCGAAGACCUUGUGGACAAUGUACAGUACGUGGCCGAACAAAUGCAUGCAGUUGAAGAUGCAAAGGCGCAAAUCUCGCAGGAGCCGGUAAUGGCCCCUAUCACUUGGCCAGGGUUUAUAGCGUCAUGUGAAGCCAUUGGGCCUCAGCGAGACUUGUUGAUAAAAUGGUGGAAAAGACUUGAGAGAUAUAAUAUUGGGAAUAUUACAAGACAAUGGGAAAUUGUGCAGGAACUUUGGAGAGCAGAUGACCAGAUGCGGCAGACGGGCCUAGGUGCUACCGACUGGACGGAUUCCUUUCGCACUCUGGGAUUCAGCGUGUUGGCGGUCUAACGUUUAGGAUACAGUGUAUUCUCCUAGUAAUGUGACGAAGGAAAAAGCAACACGAGAAAUCCGUGUCUG